AUGUCAGAUGAAAAGGAAGAUCCAUACCAUUAUGAUCCCUUUUACUACAAUACUCAGCAAGGAACUAACCGGCCGGCGUCGGUGUUUCCAUUCUUCAAUGACAAUCUCUCCAUGUACAAUCAACAAACACCCACUCAAAACCUACAAGGUUUUAAUGAUCCCUCAUUUAUGAGCUUCACUGACUGUCUACAAGGCUCCAUGGAUCACUAUAACACCCUAUCAAGAGCCCUUGACGUGUCUUGCUCAUCAUCGGAGGUGAUUAGUCCCAUUGAUCAAGAUGGUUCGAAGAAAAUUGGUGCGGGAGAAUCAGCAGCUACAAAUGAAAAUAUUCCAUCCACGCCAAAUUCCUCAAUAUCUAAUUCUUCUUCUAAUGAUGGAGCAACCGAACAAGACUCUGGGAAGAUCAAGAAAGAUAAGCAGCCAAAAGAGAGCGAAGAUGGGGAUGGAGAUACUAAGAAAGUGAGCAAGACAAAAAAGAAAGAGAAACGGCAAAAGGAGCCACGGUUUGCCUUCUUGACCAAGAGUGAAAUUGAUCAUCUUGAAGAUGGAUACAGAUGGAGGAAGUACGGUCAGAAGGCAGUGAAGAAUAGUCCUUAUCCAAGAAGUUAUUACAGAUGCACCAGUCAAAAAUGCACAGUUAAGAAACGUGUGGAAAGAUCAUUCCAAGACCCAUCAAUUGUCAUCACGACAUAUGAAGGACAGCAUAACCAUCAUUGUCCAGCAACUCUUCGAGGUAAUGCUGCUGGAAUGCUAUCACCUUCUCUUCUGGCAUCGACAUCGAUAGGGCAGGGCUUUCCUCAGGAUCUCCUGACUCGCUUGCUUCCACCAAAUAACCAAGGCCACCAAACUUCGAUGUUCUAUCAAAACCCUCCUCCACAGCAUCAUCAUCAACAUCAGCAGCAGCAGCAGCAUCAGCUCUAUGCUCCUGAUUAUGGCCUGUUGCAAGAUUUAGUUCCCUCCUUCAUCCACAAACAACAGCCUUGA